CAGCUUCCCAUGUGAAACUAGCGGGCGCAUCCUUUCCACUCUGGACUAGUGCCCGCUGCCGCGCGCGCCGCUCCCGCUCCGUUCCGAGCGAGGGUGGACAUUGUCACAUUGUCGUCACCGCCGCGAGGGCGUGAGAAAGAAUUCCUCGGGCGGAUCAACUACCUGCUUCAGCGGUGUCUCUGUCACUGAUGUGCGAUAACUAUUGUUCAGCUGGGGCAGAUCUGCCGAGUCUGGAUGGGGUUGCGAUCAGAGGGAAGCCGGUGUGCACGUCUGACGGUCUGAGGAAUUAUGAGACCACCUACAGAUUACUCAAGUGUCUACGAAGUACGCUGCGAGGGCCGCCGUGUGUAUAAGUAAGGCACGCCGUCGUCCCUGGUCUCUACAGCAUCACCACCAUCACUACCAUCACACAUUCACACUCCUCAUCCUACCUACCUCAGUCCCUCCCCCAAACCCGACCCCCUCAACCACAAAGAUGCGCGUCGCCGCCGUUGCCUCUUGGCUUUUUGCCACUGUCGCUAUCGCCAGCCCCGUUGUGGUCGAUGAUACCGGGUCCACGAACCGCGCCCUGAGGAACCCCCCUGUGUUUCCUAACACUACGGUUGCGGACUCGACGAGAACUCUCGCCACCCGUGGCUUGAGGAACCCCCCUAGGUUUCCUAACACUACGGUCUCAGACUCGGCGGGAACUCUCGCCACCCGCGGCCUGAGGAACUCCCCUGGGUUUCCUAACGCCACUUCCGUUACGGAUUCGGCGUCAGCUCUCUCCAACCGCGCCCCCGGCGAUGUCCAGUGCAACCGGACCUGCCCCAGGGCUGGCAAGACGUACCUCAACAACUGCGAUAAGGCGGCCGCUAAGCUCGAGAACAAGAGCUUCGCCGUUGGCGUCAUCGGCACGCCUGACUCCGUUGAGCAUGGCAACUGCAGAGUCAGGAUCACCGCCGCGAUGAACACUGAGUGCAGGAACGGCGGCGCCAGUAUCCAACAACACUACAAGGCAAUCCGCGCCUUGGGAUGCAGGUGCGGCCACUAUAAGUGGCAGAAGAACGAGAAGUGUGCUACCGUCGUUGAGAGAAUCCCCAACUGA